AUAUAUAUAUAUAUAUAUAUCUGUGUGCCCACACGCUGUAUGACGUACGAGCCUUUACUCAUGCUGCUCCAACACUAAACACUGUGUGUAAAGGAGAUCUGGAGUCAAGUGUAAAAGCUCUCUCUUUCAAGCCCUUCUCCAUUUACUUUUCAGUGUUGUCCAGCAUGGGCUCAAAGCUUAAUCCCACAGGCAACAGAACACGAAGCCCUUUGUCAAUAUUUAUUGUAUUUUGUUUGUGCUGUUUCUUUUACGUCUUGGGAGCAUGGCAGAAGAGUGGUUUUGGAAAAGGAGAUAGUAUAGCCUUUGAGGUAACCAAACAGACUGAUUGCAACAUCUUUCCAGAGCUGAACUUUGAACCCCGUCACAAUAUUGUUGAAAUUAUCCAACCAUCUAAACCAAAGGCUGAAGUGUUCAAGCCAUGUGAUGUUAAGUAUACUGAUUAUACUCCUUGUCAAGAGCAAGAUCGAGCUAUGAAAUUUUCUCGAGAAAAUAUGAUAUACAGGGAAAGACAUUGUCCGCCAGAAGAAGAAAAAUUGCACUGUCUUAUUCCAGCACCAGAAGGGUAUAAAACCCCCUUUCCAUGGCCAAAAGGCCGUGACUAUGUCCAUUUUGCUAAUGUUCCAUACAAAAGCUUGACCGUGGAGAAGGCUAAUCAACAUUGGGUGGAGUUUCAAGGUGAUGUAUUCAAAUUUCCAGGUGGAGGAACAAUGUUUCCUCAGGGUGCAGAUAAAUACAUUGAUGAGCUUGCUUCAGUUAUCCCAAUAGCAGAUGGUUCUGUCAGAACUGCUCUGGAUACUGGUUGUGGGGUAGCAAGCUGGGGUGCAUACCUCACAAAAAGAAACGUAUUAGCUAUGUCCUUUGCACCAAGGGACAAUCAUGAGGCGCAGAUACAGUUUGCUUUGGAGAGGGGAGUACCUGCUAUUAUAGGGGUGCUUGGAUCAAUACGUCUUCCAUACCCAUCAAGAGCUUUUGAUAUGGCUCAAUGCUCUAGAUGUCUCAUACCAUGGACCUCAAAUGAAGGAAUGUACAUGAUGGAAGUUGAUCGUGUACUCAGACCUGGAGGAUACUGGAUCUUGUCUGGUCCUCCAAUAAACUGGAAGACUUACUACCAGACAUGGAAGCGAACUAAGAAGGAUCUCCAGGCUGAGCAAAGAAAGAUUGAAGAGAUUGCUGAAAGCCUUUGCUGGGAGAAGAAGUAUGAGAAUGGAGAUAUUGCUAUCUGGAGAAAGCAAAUAAAUGACAAAAACUGCCAAAGAAAGGCUACCAAUAUAUGUAUAUCAAAGGACUUUGAUAAUGUCUGGUACAAGGAAAUGCAAACAUGUGUAACCCCUCUCCCUAAGGUAGCCAGUGCAAAGGAAGUAGCAGGUGGGGAAUUAAAGAAGUUUCCAGAAAGGCUUUUUGCAGUGCCUCCCCGAAUAGCUAAGGGACUUGUUGAGGGUGUCACGGAAGAAUCUUAUCUAGAGGACAAUAAACUUUGGAAAAAGCAUGUAAAGGAAUAUAAAAGGAUCAACAAAUUGAUUGGCACUGUAAGAUAUCGGAAUGUGAUGGAUAUGAAUGCUGGUCUUGGGGGAUUUGCUGCAGCACUUGAAUCGCCAAAAUCUUGGGUGAUGAAUGUUGUGCCUACAGCUGCUCAGAACACUUUAGGUGUUAUCUAUGAGAGAGGUUUAGUUGGCAUUUAUCAUGACUGGUGUGAAGGAUUCUCAACAUACCCAAGGACAUAUGAUCUCAUUCAUGCAGACGGUGUAUUUAGCUUGUAUCAGAAGAUAUGUAAAUUAGAGGACAUACUUCUAGAAAUGGAUCGCAUAUUGCGUCCUGAAGGGUCAGUAAUAUUCAGAGAUGAGGUUGAUGUUCUCAAUGAAGUCAAGAGAAUCGCAGGAGGCAUGAGAUGGGACACAAAAAUGAUGGAUCAUGAGGAUGGCCCUCUUGUACCUGAGAAGAUUUUGGUUGCUGUGAAGCAGUAUUGGGUUGGUGGCACAGGGAACAGCACUUCAAAUGAGGAAUAGACUAAGAGUCAAUGUUUCCCUGAGCAAUGCAAAUUACAUCACAGAAAAGACGAUUAAGUUUCUCCAAAGGGGAUGGAACUGAAAGGGUUGUGAUGUUUAGAGAUGGCAUAUGUAAGUUAUUUAUACAUGUUUUUGGUAAUGAGAGUAAAUGUACCAAAGCUAAAACACUCUUGGAUAUGAUUUUGGAAGACACAACAGAAUUUGUGUAGCUAGAAAAAUAAUUAGUUCAGGUUUUAAGAUUUUGUAAUAAUUAAAGUUUGUAUUGGUUAAUUGAGGGAAUAUCCAAUUUUUAUUUAUUAA